CACUAACGAGUAGAGAGGCGCUCGCAGAGGUUGAAGACGAGCAAAGUUCUCAACUUUGAGGCAGAUUCAGCGGGAAUGGUGGUGCACCGGUUGUGGCAGUAACUGGGCACAACAGAUUCAUACGCUGAAUUGAUUUCACGACCCUGUUGCUAUGCACAGCUCGGGCAUUUGCAGCUGAAUCCAGUUGGCAGAAACUGUAAUUCUGCGUAGAAGCACUCCUUUGUCACAGCAAGUGUUAACAUGGCAGCACCGUGGCGUCGACUUUGCAAUAUCGUCCGUGGUUCCUAUUUAUCUCAUGAAAGGAUCAAGAAGAGUAGCAGUGUAAAGGUGCACAGCAUGACAGUCCGGCAUCUUAGCAGCUCCUUCAGUUUCAGUGAAAGUGGGCUGGAAGAUGCAAGAACAGACCAAAGCCAGAGCCGGAGUCAAAGCCCUGGCUACAACAAUGACAAUGGGAAUGAAACACCUCCUCCGGACCCAAUACCUAAUAGACCUUUGAGAGGUCGUCAACAAUCUCAACGCAUCAUAGGGAACAAUGGGCCUAAUUUUAGAGGAGAAGGAGUAAGAAGAGAUCCAUCCGAUGAUAGUUUCCUGGAAAAAUUUAAGCUGAGUUUUGACAAGAGGGAUAAGCCCGAGGGAGAUGUGGCAAGUGCAACUACCCAGUCAUCUCAGGAAGAAAAUAAAGUAAAUUCUAAUCAAAUGGCAAACGAAGGGCAGCCGCCACUCCCAGAAGAUGCUGAUGAGAUAUUCAAGAAAAUGAAGGAGACAGGUCUAAUUCCAAAUGCGGUGGCAAUGCUUGAUGGUCUUUGCAAAGAUGGGUUGGUCCAAGAAGCAAUGAAGCUUUUCGGUCUGAUGCGGGAGAAGGGUUCUAUACCAGAAGUAGUUAUAUACACUGCCGUUGUCGAAGGGUUCUGCAAAGCCCAAAAGUUUGAUGAUGCAAAGAGGAUUUUCAGGAAGAUGCAAAACAACGGGAUCACUCCAAAUGCAUUCAGCUUUACUGUGCUAAUACAAGGUCUAUACAGAUGUGACAGAUUGGAGGAUGCUCUUGAGUUUUGCCAGGAGAUGAUUGAUGCCGGCCAUUCUCCGAACGUGAUGACUUUUGUGGGAUUGGUGAACGGAGUGUGUAAGCAGAAGGGUGUUGAAGAAGCUCAGACUGUUAUUAACAGGCUCCGGGAGAAGGGAUAUUUCAUUAACGAGAAAGCCGUCAGAGAAUUCUUGGAGAAGAAGGCUCCAUUCUCAUCCAUGGUCUGGGAGGCCAUCUUUGGGAAGAAACAGUCCCAUAGCUUGUUCUGAUCGAUUUCCCUUGAUAGGCCUAAGCUGGACUUGGCGGGCGUGGAAUUACGUCUGUUAUGAAAAGCAUUACGAUAUAGGACUUCUGUUUUGUUUGCAUGGCAGAACAAAUCUACUUGUUCCCUGUAGUGGUGGCCGGUUUUGAAAAGUAGCAUAAUAUUGUGAUGGGUGAUCCGCCUGUUUGUUUUCAAUUUAUAUUUUCUAUUUCCA